AUGGCGACUGCAUACAUUGGUGGCGUUGGUCAUUUUGACCACACAAAGGAGACUUUUAGCUCCUAUACGGAGCGUUUGGACAUGUUCUUUUUAGCAAACAACAUUGUUGAUGUGGUUGGUGCGGAACCAGCAGAUCUCCUCCGUCAAGCGGGGGUGGUGGCGAGAAAAAAAGCGAUUUUCCUUAGCGAAAUUGGGGCGGAGGUUUACACCGUCCUGGCAAAUCUCACGUCCCCAGAUAAGCCCAGGGACAAAACCCUGGAUGAACUCUUCACAGUACUAAAGGCGCAUUUCAAUCCAGCCCCAUUGGAAAUUUCUGAAAGCUUUCACUUUGGCAAACGUGACCAAAGGUCGGGGGAGAAUGUGAGCGAUUACAUUCUGGCCCUCAAGAGACUGACCUUGCAUUGUAAUUUUGAGAACUAUCUGAACCGAGCAUUACGGGAUAGGUUUGUUUGUGGCCUUCUGGAUUCGAAAAUCCAAAAUAAGCUGCUGAACACUGCUGACUUGACUUUCGAACGUGCCUGCCGGAUAGCGUCGGCAAUGGAGAUGGCCUCCAAGCAGGCCAAAGAAAUGAGACCAUCUGGAAAUUCAAACGGAGUGGUUAACAAAGUAGGAAAGUCAGACUACUACAAGAAACAGACACCAUCAGGUGGUCGAAAAAACCGAGGUACUGUCUCAUGUUAUCGCUGUGGUGCCAAUCACUUGGCUCCAAAUUGUCCUCAUAAGGACGUGGUUUGCAGAAAGUGUGAGAAAACGGGACACUUUGCAAAUCGAUGCAAAUCUAACGUGACUGCAUCAGGAAAACCAACCGGAGACAGCCGCCACAAAUCCUACAAAUCAAAGAGUGGUGGUGUGAAGCUAGUAGCGGAAACCGAUGAGUUUGGAGCAUAUGACGAUGAACUUGGAAUUUACAACGUGUAUGCUGUGUCGUCUGAAAAGACUGGGUACUUUGUGACGCUAGACUGUAACAAUACCCCUUGCGAGCUGCAAGUGGACACAGCAGCAGACUUUUCCAUAAUGUGCAAAACAGACUUCGAUACUAAGUUUGCCGGUACCCAACUAGAGAGGUCGAACAUUCGUCUGAAAACAUAUACAGGUGACCACAUCAAAGUAUGUGGCACCUUUGAUUGUAAUGUAUUGUACAACAAGCAACAGGUCACCUUGCCGAUGGUAGUUGUGAAUCACGUAGAUCGCCCCGCACUUCUGGGUCGAAACUGGUUGGCAAAGUUGAAACUUGACUGGGGUCAAAUACUCAGUGUAAACACGGUUAAACGAACGGGGAAUGCCAAGGCAAGGCUAGACCUUUUGCUUCGUAAACAUAGUAGACUGUUUGAGGACAGUUAUAAUGGUAUGAAGGGUCAUGAAGCUCACAUUAGGGUAAAACCCGAUGCUGCACCUGUCUUCCAUAAGCCGCGAAACUGUCCAUACGCCAUUCGCGAUAGGGUUGAGUUGGAGCUGGAUAAACUGGAAAAAAAUGGCGUAAUGAAGAAGAUCGAUAGAUCUGAUUGGGCAAGCCCAAUCGUUGUAGUCCCAAAAGCGGACGGGUCCGUCCGAAUCUGUGGGGAUUACAAGGUUAGUGUCAAUGGCGCAGUGGAAGACGAGCAAACCACCCUUCCUACCACCCAAGAUUUGUACCAACAGUUGUCAGGCUCAAAGGUAUUUUCAAAGCUGGACCUUUCGCAUGCUUAUGCGCAGCUUAAUGUUGACCAACAGAGUAGGAAAUAUCUUACCAUAAACACACACAAGGGUUUGUAUGAAUAUCUGAAAUUGCCAUAUGGUAUUAAGUCGGCUCCUAAGAUUUUUCAGGCAAAGAUGGACCAGAUUCUACAGGGAAUACCCAAAACUGUGUGUAAACAAGAUGACAUCUUGAUGGGUGGCAAUGAUGACAAUGAGAACCUGGAUAUCUUAGAACAGGUGUUAGACCGACUAAGUGAAAACAACGUUCAUUUGAAAUUACCCAAGUGUGAAUUUCUUGAAACAAAAACUGUAUAUCUUGGUUUGGAAUACAGUGGUGAGGGUCUCAGACCUGUAGAGUCAUCAGUUGAAGCCGUCAAAAAGGCUCCUCUCCCUCAGAAUGUUUCGCAGCUGAGGUCGUUUCUAGGUAUGGUUCAAUAA